UCUCCCGUUUCUCCACCAUAGCUUUGUUUCAUCCUUGGUUUGGUCUCUGGGAGAGGGAGGGUGAGAGGGAGAGGGAGAGAGGGAGAGUUAUUUGUUUGAUCUUCCAUUCGACGAUGAUUCUUCCAUCGAUUUGAGAGCUUUUUCUCUCCUCUUUUUCUGCUCUCGCUCGUGAUCCCUUUCACGAGAGCUCUUCUUUCUCCUCUCGCCGGCUAUGGAAGACACCGACAUGGAAUCAAGCCACAGCCCGCCGCCACGAAUCUCCUCGUCGAAGAAGCUCGGCCGGAUGGAUUCGCUGGAGCGUGAUGCGGGGAAGGUCACGGGCAUGGAGAACCAUGGACGGAAGAUCUUGACGAGGGCGGUGAUCCUCCGCCUGGCAUUCCAAACGAUCGGUGUGGUGUAUGGCGACAUUGGAACCUCGCCGCUCUACGUGUUUAGCAGCACUUUCCCUGGCGGUAUCUCGCGGGAUCACUUGAAAACCAACGUUCUUGGCGUGCUCUCGCUCAUCAUCUACACUCUCACCCUGAGCCCCCUCAUCAAAUACGUGUUCGUUGUUCUUCGAGCCAAUGAUAACGGCGAAGGUGGUGCGUUUGCGCUCUACUCGUUGAUUUGUCGAAAUGCCAACGUCGAUUUGAUGGGCAAGAGACACCCCGAGGACAAAAACUUGUCGGCGUACAAGCUCGACUUGCCGAACCAGCGAAAGAUUCGACGAGGGAUCUGGAUCAAGAAUUUUCUAGAGGGACACAAGGCCGUCCACGUCGUGCUUCUGAUGAUCACCUUCUUUGGAACUUGUAUGGUUAUCGGCGAUGGAACUCUCACCCCCUCCAUCUCUGUGCUCUCUGCUGUGCAAGGAAUCCAAGUCCAAGUUCCAAACCUCAGCCAAAGUGUGAUUGUCGUGGUUUCCAUCGUCAUUCUCAUCUGCCUGUUUAGCGUCCAGCGGUUUGGCACGGACAAGGUCGGCUUCAUGUUUGCUCCAGUACUCACGAUCUGGUUUGCCAUGAUCGCUAUGAUCGGCCUCUACAACUUAAUUCACCACGAUCAUGGAGUUCUCGCCGCCUUCAAUCCCAAGUACAUCUUCGACUACUUCAAGACCAACAAGCGGGAAGGAUUCAUCUCGCUGGGAGGAGUUGUUCUUUGCAUCACAGGAACUGAGGCCAUGUUUGCGGACUUGGGCCAUUUUACGGUUCCUUCGAUCCAAAUCGCCUUCACAACCUACGUUUAUCCUUCACUUCUCCUUGCUUACAUUGGCCAAGCUGCCUAUCUCAUGGAGCAUCCAGAGGACGUUGGAAGAGCUUUCUACAAAUCAGUUCCAAAGCCUUUGUACUGGCCAAUGUUUGUAGUAGCAGUGCUUGCAGCGAUCAUCGCGAGCCAGGCAAUGAUCUCGGCGGUGUUUCAGAUCAUCAAGCAGGCCGAGGCAUUGGGAUGCUUCCCACGGAUCAAGGUCGUUCACACCUCGAAAAACUUCGUGGGUCAAGUUUAUAUCCCGGAGAUGAAUUGGUUCCUGAUGUGUGCUUGUGUACUUAUCACUGCGGCCUUCAGAGACACUACAACAAUUGGAAACGCAUAUGGAAUAUGUGUGGUUAUGGACAUGGCUGUUACCACCACUUUUACAACGAUUAUCAUGGUUUUGAUAUGGAAGACACAAUUGUUUCUAGCUCUACUCUAUCUCCUCGUCUACUGGAGUGUGGAAUUCACGUAUUUCUCUGCUGUGGUCUACAAGUUUAAAGAUGGAGGAUGGCUUCCACUCCUCUUCGCAGUGCUCUUCCUCACGGUCAUGGUCAUUUGGUUCAGUGGAAACUCCAAGCGCUACAAAUACGAGCUAGACAACAAGAUCUCCAUGGACUGGAUCACCGGGCUGGGGUCAAACCUGGGAGUCUCCCGAGUUCGUGGAGUUGGAUUGGUCUACACGGAGCUUGCACAAGGAAUCCCUUCCAUCUUCUCGCACUACAUUACGAAUCUCCCGGCAAUGCACUCAGUGAUCAUGUUCGUGACGAUCAAAAACUUGCCUGUGAGCAACGUUUUGUCGGAGGAGAGGUUCUUGUUUAGAAGGGUCGGGUCCAAGGAGUUUCGGAUGUAUCGCUGCAUUGCAAGGUAUGGCUACAAGGAUUGUCACAGGGGCGACACCCAGUUUGAGGAGGAUCUCUUCAAGAGCUUGGCCGAGUUUAUAAGCAUUGAGGACGAUGGGAAGCAAAUGGAGGCCAGGGAUUUGGGCGAGGCCGACACGGACAGCUGCAGUGUGGCGAUCUAUCCGGUUUCUCUCCAGUUAUCGCCACCGCAAGCUCCAGAGGAGAGCGCGAUCGCUAUACCAGGCAGGGGAGUGGUGGAGGAGCUAGGAUUUCUCGAGGAGUCCCGGAAAGCUGGGGUCGUAUACUUGUUGGGCGACAACGAUGUGAGAGCUCGCGAGGACUCGAGCUUUAUCAACAAGUUUGUGGUGGACUACGGUUAUGCCUUCCUCCGGAAAAACUUUAGGGAGAGCACUCUCAUCCUCAACAUUCCACAUACGAGGCUCCUCAAGGUUGGCAUGGUCUACUUUAUAUAAGGAAACAAACAAAAGAUAUGAAGAUCCCCAUGAAAAAGAACAAGGAGUGAUCUUUUCCAAAAAAUAAGGAACGUGACACAACGUGUAUAAAAUCAAGCACCUAUUACUUGGCCACCUUUCUUGUGGUCCUCUGGAGAGGAAGUCUUCUUUGGUGUGCUAGCUUCCGUGCACGGAUAUUGCAAAUCAGUAUAUAUGCCUGGGGAUAUGUGGAAAUAUUUGCGCUGACUAAUUGGGUAUAUAUUCUGGCAAACGACAAAAGUGUGACAGUUGAAAGUAUUCAAUUAACCUUUUAUAAGUA